CGGUGAGCGAGCUGGCGGGGAAGCUGCAGGUGGGGAUGGCGGAGGUGGUCAAGGUGCUCAUGAAGCGCGGCGUCCUCGCCUCGGCGACUCAGUCCCUCGACGCAGACACCGCAGAGGCGGUCGCGCUGGCGUUUGGCGCAGACGUGUCGCGAGCGGGCGACGGCGCCGAGGAGGGCGAGGAGGGGGAGGCGGGCUCGUGGGGCGUGGUCGAGGAAGAGGACCCGCCCGAGUCGCUCGUCCGCCGUCCGCCCGUCGUCACUGUCAUGGGGCACGUCGACCACGGAAAGACUUCGCUGCUCGACGCGCUGCGCACGACCGACGUCGCCGCGGGCGAGGCGGGAGGCAUCACGCAGGCGAUCGGCGCGUCGCGGGUGAGCGUCGAGGGCGGCGGCACGCUCACCUUCAUUGACACGCCCGGCCACGCCGCCUUUGCGGAGAUGCGCGCGCGCGGCGCCAACGUCACCGAUAUCGUCAUCCUCGUCGUUGCGGGCGACGACGGCGUCAAGGAGCAGACGGUGUCGUCGAUCAAGGCGGCAAAGGCGGCGGGCGUGCCGAUCGUCGUGGCGGUCAACAAGAUGGACAAGCCGGCGGCGGACGCGUCGCAGGUCAAGACGCAGCUGCUGGAGCACGAGGUGGUCCUCGAGGAGUUUGGCGGCGACGUGUUGUCCGCCGAGGUGUCUGCCGUCGCGCGCACCGGCCUGGACAAGCUGCUCGAGCAGGUGCAGCUGCAGGCGGAGCUUCUCGAUCUCAAGGCCAACCCGGACCGCGCCGCCGCCGGCGUGGUUGUCGAGGCGCGGCAGCAGCUCGGCCAGGGCGCCGUCGCAACCGCGCUCGUGCAGAAGGGCACGCUGCGGGUGGGCGACAUCGUCGUGGCCGGCGCGCAGUGGGGCCGAGUGCGGAGGCUGCAGGACGAGCGAAACGAGGAGGUGAGUGAGUCGGGGCCGUCGACCGCCGUCGAGCUGCCGCGCCGUGCUGGCCUUGCGGCUGCAGGCCUCCCCGCGGCGGGCGACGCGUUCAUCGUGACUGGCGAGGAGACAAAGGCAAUCGUGACACGCUCCGCGAGCCACUCCUUCCGCGACGCGCGGGCGUCGAAGCUCUUCGCGUCGCGCUCGACCGCCGACCGCGACGCGUUCCUGUCGGGCCCCUCCUCGGAGCUGCCCACCAAGACGCUCGACUUCGUGGUCAAGAGCGACGUGCAGGGGUCUGCGGAGGCGCUUUGCUCGUCGCUCGAGUCGAUUGAGGUGUCGGACGACCUGCUGCGCGUGCGGACGCGCGUGCUGCGCUCGGGCGCGGGCGCCAUCACUGCCGAGGACGUCAUGCUCGCGUCCGUCUCGAACGCGGUCGUGCUCGGCUUCAACUCGGCGGCGGAGCAGUGCAACGUCGAGAUCAAGGAGUACUCGAUCGUGUACGACCUGCUCGACGACGUGCGCGCGCUCAUGUGCACCCACAUCCGACCGCCGCCGAACAAGGCGCUCGGCUCGCUCACGGGCACGGCGGACGUGCUGCAAACCUUCAAGAUUGGCGCCGUCGGGAAAGUGGCCGGCUGCAAGGUGCUCGACGGCACCGUGCGCGCGGGCAGCAACAUCCGCAUCCUCCGCGGCAACGCGGUCGUGUACGAGGGCAAGCUGCUCGCGCUGCGCUACAUCAAAGACGAGGUCGAGCAGAUCGACGCCGGCUCCGAGUGCGGCAUGGCCUUCGAGGGCUUCCAGACGAUGCAGGCCGACGACCGAGUCGAGGCUUACGACCCGAGCGGCGCCCCCGGCGACGACUGAGGCCAGGGGCUCGCCCACCCUCGGGGGUAGGGGAUCCCCGGCCCACCCCGGUCCGAAACCCACAGCGAGCCGGGCUGCAUGCAUGGAGGGGGGGGGGGGGGGGAGCCUUACGGCGCUGGGGCUCGGGACUAGCUGCACGCCGCCCGGAGAGGAGCUCUGGCCUCUGCCGCCCGCCCUCGCGCCCGUGAUCGCUCGCGCACUCGAGCGACACCCUCUGCCCUCGCUGCUCCUGGUCACCUGGUGCCUGGCGCGAGGCGCCCGCGAGAGGAAAGAGCUCUGUUCGUAUAUGCGUGUACAUCCAACGCUGUCUCGAGUCGUGACACCGAGCGCAGAUCUCGCAAUGUCGUCUAGAUGAUCCCGAACUGGAAUCUGAUUCUGAAAA